AUGGAGAGAAGCUAGGAGAGGGUAUUUAAUUAUAGAUUGGAGAGAAGUGUUUUUUUCUUUUAAUUGUCCAAUUAAGUAAAAUAGUUUGAUAAUGGGGUUUGAAAUAAAAGCAAUAAACAAACCAUUGAAAGAAUCAAAGGCCAUCCUUAGAUUUCUGAAUCUCUCUUAUCUCCCAAUGAUCUCAAUCUCUCUUUAACCCCCCUUCCAUAACCAUUCCCGGGUUGUUUUUUCUCCUUUUUUCCUAAUUGGCAUGCAUUGAGUUUGAGGAAUUAAGAUCAACAGAAGAUAGAGAAAGGAACCCAAAUCAAAAUCCAACAAUUCUGAUAUUCAUAAUCGAUCCACAAUGAUCAUCUUCAUCAUACCAUCAUCAUCUUCAUCCUCAUCUGGUAGUACAUUUAUUAAUUAUCAAAUCAAUUUUCAAUAUACCACUUAUGAUCAUUGAGGCCUGGAAGCCUUCUUCUUCUUCUUCUUGGUGGUGUGUGUUGUUGUUUUAGACCGCAGCUCUAUCCUUUAAUGGGCGCGCACAAGCAAGCCUUGCUUGUGCGCCUGUUGCGUGUUCUUCUGCUGUCGGCCACCACCAUAUUAUUAACAACUGUAACAACAGAUCAAGCUAAAAUAGAGGUGCGGGCUGCUGCUCCCAGCACCUUAGAUACUCUUAUGACGUUCAAGUCUGGCCUAACUAACAUUGGCACACAACUCGACAGCUGGAAAUCCGAUGGAGGUAAACAAAUUCAACAAAAUGAUUAUAUCAUUUGAACUAAACAAAAAGAUUUGAUUUUUUCACUAUGAUCAGGUCCUAACCCGUGCUCAUAUUCGUCGGGUAACAAGAAGACACGAAGCGUGGCAAGCUGGAAAGGCAUCCUUUGCUAUGACGGGGAAGUUUGGGGAAUACAGCUCCCACACAUGGGAUUAUCCGGAAAGGUUGAUAUAGAUACGCUCUUGGGUUUACCCCGACUGAGAACAAUCAGGCUUGAUAACAACAGCCUCGAUGGACCCUUGCCGGAAUUUGGAAGGCUUGGGUCGUUGAAGUCUUUGUUUGUCAAUAGGAACAAGUUUUCAGGCCAAAUACCUGACAAUGCCUUCGUUGGGAUGGGUUCCAUGAAAAAAUUGGUGCUUUCCCAUAAUAGCUUUGUGGGUCCUGUUCCCACAUCUGUUAUUCAGUUGCCGAAGCUAACGGAGCUGAGGAUUGAAGGGAAUCAGUUUACUGGUCGGAUACCUAAUUUACAGCAGAAGAGUCUUACCCUUGUAAAUGUUUCAUACAACCAUUUGGAGGGUCCAAUUCCUCCUUCUAUAGCCUCUAUGCAUGUCUCCUGCUUUACAGGAAACAAUGAUUUAUGUGGGAAACCAUUAGAAUUGGUAUGUGGAGCCACUCCAAAAUGGAAAAUAGCACUCAUUGUCUUCAUCUGUCUCUUGGCACUAGGGUUCCUUCUCUUAAUAAUCGCCGUCCUACAUCAAAAGAAAAAGGAUCGAACGCCAACAUUAGGCAAAGUAGAUUCAUCAUCCUACAGCAGCAAGAAAAGCGGAAGAGCAAGCAGCACAGUGGCAGUGGUCGGAACAGGAGGGAAUUCAUACGGAGACAGCGGUUCAGUAUCAGGAGGAAUGAGCAGAGGCGGCAGCGGCAGAGGAGGAUCAGCUAACAGCAGAAAGGCAGAACAAGCUGGGAAAUUAUCAUUCUUAAAAGACGAUCGAACAAGAUUCGAUUUACAAGAUCUACUUAGGGCAUCGGCUGAGGUUCUUGGUAGCGGCAAUUUUGGAUCAUCGUACAAGGCAUUGCUAAUGGAUGGACAAGCUGUAGUGGUGAAGAGAUUCAAACAAAUGACUGCCAUCAGUAGAGAAGAGUUUCACGAACAUAUGAGAAGAAUCGGACGGCUUCAACAUCCCAAUUUACUACCAUUAGUUGCUUACUAUUACAGAAAAGAAGAAAAACUUCUAGUUUUCGAUUACUUCCAAAACGGCAGCGUCGCCCGUCAUCUUUACGGCAAUCAUAACGAAGAACAGCCAGGACUAAACUGGCCGACACGACUGAAAAUCGUAAAAGGAAUGGCUAAAGGAUUAGCUUACCUCCAUGCAGAACUACCAAGUUUAUCCGUCGCUCACGGCCAUCUGAAAUCAUCAAACGUACUCCUAAACGAUUCAUUCGAACCGAUGUUAAUGGAUUACGCACUCGUCCCUGCGGUUAAUCCAGAUCAAGCACCGCAUCUAUUAGUAGCAUACAAGUCACCGGAAUACGCAGAACACGGCCGAAUCACGAAACAAACCGACGUUUGGAGCUUAGGGAUACUUAUACUAGAGAUAUUAACAGGAAAGUUUCCGGCGAAUAACAUGACGCAAGGAAAGAGUGGAAAUCAUCAUGCAGAGUUGACAAACUGGGUUAGCUCGAUAAAGAGACAAUCGGAGAAUUCGACGGCGAAAUUGUUCGAUCCAGAUAUGAAGGCGACGGCGGAGGAAGAGAAGGAGAUGAUGAAACUUCUGAUUAUCGGAGCAAAUUGUUGUGAAACGGACGCCGGAAAAAGGUCGGAAUUGAAGGAUGUGAUUCUAAAGAUUGAAGAAAUCAAAGAUAGAGGAAGAUGA